GGUUUCAAAUAGAGGCUAGCAGGAAAUCAUAGCAACUAAUGUAAACCAGAGAAUGGCGAGCUGUUUUGAAUAUCCAAAUUAGCAUUUUGAACAGUUGUGGAAAUGUUAAGACGCUCGUCAACGAACUCAUCAACAUCAUCAAGACUGAGUAGAGAAGAGGAUCGUGUUUCUCUCAGAAAGUCCAAGAGCGGUAGGUCUGAUUCACAGAAGAAAUCUACUUACCUCGAUGGGAGUCAAAAAUUUGGCAAAUCCUUCAGUCAGAGAAAACCAAUUUACGAUGAAGAGAAAGCCUCAUUUUAUGAAAAUUGCAAGUCUAUAUAUCUUAUGGUGUUUGAUGACAUAAAAGAUGAAAUAACAUCUCCAGAAGAGCUAACUCUGUUGCUCCAAUAUGCAGGACAAAACCCAACCAAGAAGACAGUGUCAAGUAUAUGGGGAGGCAAUACAGAUUCAAUAACAUUUUACCAGUUCUGUGAAAUCCUGAAAGAUGAUAAACCUAUGACAAAGCAAGCCCUUAUCAAAGCUUUCAGGAAAAUUGAUAUAAAUGGAGAUGGUUUUAUAACUCAUGAAGAGUUGCAAAAAGUAUUAACUAUGCACGGGGAGAGAAUGACAAAAUCUGAAGUGAAGGCUAUGAUGGAAGAUGCAGAUUACAAUGGCGAUGGAAAACUGGACUACCAUGAGUUCUGUGACAUGAUGCUUGCCACGGCAAACAAAGUCUCAGGUUUGCAAAAUUCCAAACAGAGAAAAGAAGAAAGCAAAAAAGGAACGAAGAAGGAGGGAAGGUCCAUCAAAAGCAGAAAAGAAGCUCUUUCAGAGGAAGAUGGGAGAAUUGUGGAUGCAAAAAGACCACCGUCUGCUAGAAAAACAUCCAAACGACCUUCAUCAAGACUUCAGAGUGUUGAAAAGUCUAGUGAAGCUAGUCGUCCCAAAAUGAUUAAGGAACCAUCUGACUUAACGAAAUGGCGAUAUAAAAACAUUAAGGGGUCUUUUUACAUGGAGGAAGAUGGAACUGUCGAGAGUCAUCAGUUUCGCCUCUUGGUGCUGGAAUCAACUGAAAUUUUCAUUACCAUCCACGCAUUAACUCCAAAAUACGGUAAAUUUCGAAACGAGCUUGUUGAAAGUGAUAUUACAAUGUUCCUGAUGGGAGAUGGAAAACAUGGAAAGUUGGUGUCUUUUACUGAGACAAAAAUCGAUCAGAAAUUCUGUCUGCGAGCCAAUGUAGAGGCAGGCUCCUACCAAUUAUUAACUUUCACAAGCGGUGUUUCGAUGUGCCAAGAUCAGGAAAACCCGGCAACUCCGUCGAAAUUACUAAUUGGAGAUGAAGACAACGCAAAAUUUACAAAAGCUUGCAGAGAAACUCUAUAUGAAAUCUUCUAUCGUUGCGACAUGGACGGCAACGGAUUUUUGAAUAGAGAAGAAUUCACUCAGUUUCAGCUUAAGACUAGCGGAGAGGGCUGUGACGACGAUGCCUGGGAUAUUGUUAAAGAAAAUUUUGAGAUGAAUAAUAAGGGAGAGCUGACUCCUGAAGGAUUCUUGAAGCUAAACAUGAUGGAAGCCAAAGACCCAGAUGGAGGGGUUGAUGAAUUGUGGGUGACUUUGGAGAGCAUGGGGUACAACAAAGGCUUGGAUCUAAUCAAGGCUUUUCCGUUUCAAAUUGAUGUGUUUACACGCAAAGGUGACUCGGCCUUAGAGGUCAUAGGAAUAAGCAAUGGAGGGAAACCUGCGGAGAAUUGCUUAAUCAGCUCGAUUAGGGCAUCAGAAAACCAAAGGCCGUUUGACGAAAACAAAAACGUUUGGCUAUUUUUGUGCCAGAAUGCCACAAGAUCUACUAUUGCUGUUGAAAAUAAGACCAACGUUCCUGUAAAAGUGCGCCUUCGUUGCAACCAAAGUCGUAAUGCUCAAAGUAAGCAAGAGAGUCUCGACUACGUAUGCAGCGUUGACCCGAAAGAGCUUCAGGUUGUUGAUCAUCUCAUACCAAAGAAAAAGAGUCAAGAAGUGAAAGUUGUUUGCGAAGAAUACAUUCUAUGAAUCAAAGACCAAAACUUGUAAAUUGAAUAAGCACAAUUAUUUUUAAUCUUAGCGUCGUGGUUAAUGACACGUCUUUAAAGCCUCACCUAUAAGACCAUUAGUCCAAAAAAGCUCUCAGUUUCUCUCAGUAAGGUCAGGUCCUAACUACGGUGAUUUUACUUUAAAAGUCUUUUUGCAAAUUCAGAGUUGAGAUUCAUAGUUUGUAUACCCAUUAGGGCUGUAAUGGGGCACUGCUAUUUAGAACCUUGUCAAAAAGAAAGACUUACAUUUCCAUGUUUUUAUUUUCUUAAGAAACUUGAGGUUUCAGUUCACGAAGAAAAGCAACCUGAAAAUAAAGACUUUUCCUUGACUUGAGCAUCUUUCUUGCUUGUUAGUUGCUUGAGAAGAUUUCCUCCAAAUUGCGUUUGGUUGAAGUUUGAGUUUGUUAUUUUCGAAAAUAAUCUGUCAGUGUCAAAUAGAAAAAUUCACUAGAUGAGCAAAAGUAUUGCACCACUUCGACGAAUUAAUAAUGGCGUCAGUGUCAUCAAGUUUUAUUCCAUGAUUAAAAUUUAAUCAAACAGAACUUGAAACAAUCAGCAACACUUUUUAUUUCAAUUUUGAGAAAAAUAUCUAUGUAAAAUAUCAAAAAAGUAAGUUUCUGUUUAGACAGUCUCAAAGCUUCAAAACCCUUGUAAAACUUGUUAAACUCAAUAAAAAACUUUUGCAGCAGGUUAAUUUUAAACGCCACAUGAUACUUUUAAGUAAACUUUGGCAAGAUCACAUCUAGGUGACCAGAAGAUCAUUAUUGGCCUUGAAUUUAGCGAAAAAUGACACUUUUACAGCCAUUUUUUAUUGAGGGUUUAUUGGACACUGUCGGGUCACUCUUUACGACUGUUUAUCGCAGAAAUUUUAGUAUUUUCAUUCAACGAGGAGAUGAAAUGCUGUUUUGAACAUAUUGCUGUAAUAUUUGUUCCCUAAACAACAUCGCAAUUGGCUGGAAUAGAUGGAGUUAAAGGUUACUGACAAGUUUUAUUGAUUGUAUUCUGUUGCAACAUGUUACGAAAUGGUAUCUGAAAUUAGGCCUUUUGCAGGACGAAAAUCGAUCGACCGAAACUUUUGAGAAAUACUUUAAAGAAUUAACAGUUUUGAGCAACCGAGCAAAAGUAAGUAUUUCCAAGUUCGCCUUACUGAAAUCUUACAGGUUUGUGCAAAGAGAAACCUUUUUUGUUGCAAAUAUAUUACAGGUACUCUUAUCGCCAUAGCUCAGUUUUCAUGUUUUCGCAGUCUUCGAUAUAGCUUAAAAAAAAGAAGAAAGAAAGGAUGUAUUUGCAUUUUUUCAUUUUCAUUACUCUACCUUGAUAAAUUUUCCAUGAUUUACCACCCAAACGGUCAUCUUAAAACUUUUAUUUAAUUUGCUUUAGCUAUUUGAAUUUCGGUUUACUAUAAAAAGUUUGCGGCGGUGCGGCCAUUUUGUGGGGUGCGGUGCAAUACUUUUGCUCACCUUUGCAGUACCUAUCUACACACUUUCCACUAUCUUUUUUGUAUUAGAACUUCUUGUAGCCCUAUAUGGGGUCCUUGAAAAUAAACUGUUCCAGUUUUGAAACAGCCUGGUCAGUCAACAUCUUAUGCACAAAUUUCAAUCAAAGAAGAAGCCUAACAGGGUGUUUUAUCCAAAAAAUGGAGUGCAGCCCGUAAAUGAGCUGCCAAUGACCACCCGAAGAGGAAAUUUACCAAACCAACUUUUACUAGGCCAGUUUUUAGUGUAGAAUUCAAAGCUUGAUGUUGAUCGGGUAGGAGAGAACGCUUUUCCGAGAUGCGGAAGAUUUUGCCCAAAAACUUAGAUACAGCCUGUGAGUGAGCUAGCAA